AUGACUCAGGUGGCCUUGCCCAACACUUAUACAACAGCUGUGACAGGAAAAUAUACAUCCGUUACAAUAGUGCCUACUUCUCCCACCACUCUAUGCAUAGAAAUUGAUCCAAACAGUAAAGUUACUUUUACUCCCACUAUCCCAUUACCGGUCUUUACCUCUACUGCUGAGACGGCCACCACCCCUUCUAGUUCCACCAGUAUGACAGCAGUAUUUCCUACACAUACGGACACUUCUACUUCAGAUUUGGAAACUGAUCCCACCAACAUCAUAACUGACGUCCCUAAUUCUCUCAGUCCUGGGACCAUUCCCAUUAGUACAGUUUCAAUGAGAACACGAAGACCCACUAGUGGUACCUGGAUGAGCUCCUACUCUGUAACCACCCCACCUGUGUCCAGCUUUACCAGACUCCCACUGACCAUGAGGCAAAGCAGCAGUUUUCCAACUGUCAUGAUGAUGUUGAGCAAGUCGACACACCCCAGUACAACCACGACCAGAACUCCAGAGAUAUCAGUGGUCACCACUCAGACUCCCACCACUUUUACAUCACCCAGGACAACUUUGACCACUACUCAGAUGACCACAUCAUCUCGACUGACCACCACCCCAGGCACCUGUGACAGUGGUGGCACCUGGAUGCAAGGCCAUUGCCUUUGUCACUUGGGGUUCUCUGGGGACCACUAUGAGCUCCAGGAGAUCAGAUGCCAGAACGGAGGUCAAUGUGAUGGCCUCAAGUGCCACAGCCACAGUACCUUCCAUGGCUCCCAGUGCGAGUUUGCUGUGGAACAGGUGGAACUGAAAAUGGUAGAUGCUGAAGUGAGCAUGGAGGUGUCUGUUCAACAGACAUUCACCCCGUGCCUCAGUGACAACACUUCUGAGGCCUACAUGGAUUUCAGCAACACCUUCAAGAAUCAGAUGAAGAAUGUUUACCGAAACAUGCAGGGGUUCAAGGAUGUGGAGAUCCUGUCCCUGAGGAAUGGAAGUAUCGUGGUAGACUAUUUGGUUCUGUUGGAGUUGCCCUUCAGUGUCCAGCUGGAGAAUGAGUAUGAGAAGGUGAAGACAGCCCUGAAGGAGGAACUCCAGAAUGCCAGCAAGAACAGCUGUCCGAAUAACCAGACCCUGUGUUUUAAGCAUGACUCCAUCAAGGUGAACAACAACACGACGGAGCUGACCCCGGAAGCCAUCUGUCGCCGCACCGCUGCCCAGGGUUAUGAGAAUUUCUACUUUCCCUUGGUGGAGGAGAACCGGCUCCGCUGCAUCACCAAAUGCAGGUCGGGAGUGGAUGGCGCCAUCAAUUGUAACCAGGGCCAGUGCUUUCUAGAGAAGAGCCGCUGCUUCGCUACGAACACGUAUUGGUUCCUGGGCUCGCGCUGCGAGGUGACUGUUUCCUGGAAGGCGCUGGUUGGGGGCCUAGCGGGGGCCACGGUCCUGCUGCUGCUGCUGCUGCUGCUGCUGAUGAUGAUGAUGGCGGCAUUCGGCGUCUUCAUGGUGGGUCCCCGAAGGAGGCGCGGCCAAGAACAAUGCACUCAGAAGUCAGCGAAAGACUAUGCCUACAUCUACUAUGUGGAUGAGAUGAACGGGAAGCCGGCCUGA